AUGAAAAACCAUGAACCACCAAAUAAAGAAUUUAAAAGAGUGAAAGGGACAAUUCUUAAACAAUGGGAACAUCGAAAAAAAAUUCAUCGAAUUGCCAUAGUUGCCCAACAACCAGGAAGUAACCCAAUGCAAAAGAUCUGUGACAAAGAAUGGCAUUACUAUGUCAUCAAUGUUGAGUUUCCUAUUGUAACACUAUAUGUGGAUGGAGUGACCUAUGAACCAUACUUAGUAACAGAUGACUGGCCAAUUCAUCCUUCCCAUAUUGACAUGCAGUUAACAGUAGGAGCAUGUUGGCAAGGUGGUGAAGUCGUGAAGCCAAGAUUUGCGCAGUAUUUCCGUGGCAGUCUCGCUGGGCUUACAAUUCACCCUGGGAAGAUAGAGAGCCAGAAAGUGAUUUCCUGCCUGCAGGCCUGUAAGGAGGGCCUGGAUAUUAAUUCUCUGGAGAGCCUAGGUAAAGGAAUAAAGUUUCAUUUCAACCCUGCCCAGUCCCUUCUUGUCAUGGAAGGAGAUGACUUAGAAAAUAUGAAUCAGGCUCAACAACAGGUCUCGUAUAUCAACUCCAGACAGUUUCCUACACCAGGCAUACGACGUCUUAAAAUUACAACUAGAGCACAGUGUUUUGGUGAAGAUACUUGUAUAAACAUUCCAGACAUUGAUGCCUAUAUUGUGGUGAUGGAACCUAACAAACCAAAAAUCACUAUAAGUGGACUGAAUCACUUUGCUAGACAGUCCACAGAAUUUGAAAGUACCAAAGGUGUGGUGUUGUUUCCCGAUGUCAGAAUCAUAAGCACAGUUACAAAAAUGGAACAGCCUAUAAAUCCAGAGGAACCAUAUAAAGCAUAUAAACCAAUGAUUUCUGAAGAAAUCCUUCAUAAUUUGGAUUUUUGUGAUAUUUUGGUGAUUGGUGAGGAGCUAAUUGCAGAACAAGAGUCUUUAGAACUAGACCGCAAUGAGCUACACGGGAAGCAUCUUGAUGCAACUAACUCAACAGCAGGAAUGUCUGUAUAUGGUGUAGAUACAAUAACAAACUAUGAACAGGUUAUUCGUCAGAUACGGUAUCGCAACUGGCAUACUCCGUCACUCUCUGGUAGAAAAUUUAGAGUUACAUGCUCAGAGCUGAAUGGACGUUACACAAGUAAUGAGUUUAACUUGGAGGUGGAUGUCCUGCACAACUCAGAUUAUGUGGAGCAUGUCAAUCAUAUGGUGAUUCAGCCGCAGUUCCUCCAGUCCAUUCAUCAUUCCAUUGCUGACUUCACUGAAAACAAUCUCAAGGGUGUCCAUAACCCAGGUGUGCCAAGUGCUGCAACAGUUGUUAUAGUGAUUUGUGUGAGUUUCCUGGUUUUCCUUGUGGUUUUGGGAGCUUAUCGAAUCCAUGUAGCAUAUCGACAUGCAAAUCGCUUAAGUGAGGGCACCAAGGAAAAUGAAAUGGACUGGGAUGAUUCUGCCCUUACAAUUACUGUAAACCCUAUGGAGAAUUAUGAACAGCCGCAUCAGAAUGAAGCUGAGUCUGAUGAUGAGGAAGAUGAAGAAGAAGAGGAAGGAGAAGAUGAUGGAACAAGUGCUGACUCAGAUGAAAGUGAAGAUGAAGCUGAGAAAUUAAAACAACAGAAUAAUGUAACCAGAAGAGAGCAAUUAGAAUGGGAUGACUCCGCAGUUCGCUACUAGAAUUUUUUUAGAUAUAUAACUGCUUUGAUAGCAGCCUGUGGUAGAAUUCGUAUGAUGAAAGACUAUGGGUUAAAUGACAUGACACAAGUUGCUUACAGCCUCAUUUGGCACUGCAGCCAUAGUGCCUGAUCUAAUACACUGUCACAAUAAUUUAAGGAUCACCUUUUAUCUUACUUUCUGUUCUCCUCCUCAUGUAUUUCUUUAUUUGAUGAAUUAAACAGUCUUGUCAAUAAAUCCAUGCCCUAAUGGCACAGAUUUAUUUUUAACAGCAAAGGAAAGGCUAGAGUGUCCCCUAGAAUAUAAAAAACCCUUGAAAUGCAAAUAUGGUGUUUGGGUUACCAGAUGGAAUCUACUGUUACAAAUUCACUGCUGUGUUAGACCUUUAUAUUUAUGAUCAUGGGAAAAGCUGUUGGAGAAGCAUUUCAAAAGGUAACAUCAUGAAUGAGAUAACAAACAUAAAUAUAUUCAGCUAUUGUUGUAUUUAAUUUAUGAUCUUUUGCAGACAAUUCACAUAACAUAAUACUUUUGAUAAGUGAGAUGUCUGAAAAGUCCUUAAAUUAAUUUCUAAUUUCACAGUGUUUCUUGAAAGUGCAGAAUGAAUUCAACUGCGCACAUACAAUGUCUUUAAAUACAAAAAGCUGCAACUAAUUAAACUCCAACAGCUACUGCUUUUUUCUUGUUUUAGAGAAGCAACUUAAGAAGAAAAAAGAAAACAGCAUACAGUUCUGGCAUCCUGUUUGUUCCCUAAAGUGACAUGCUGCCGGUUAUGACUACAUUUCUUUCAACUAUGGUUUGUAGACGUAACCUUUAUAGCUCUGAGUAUGCAGGCCCGACUAUUAUCCUCAAUCUGUAGUAAAACACUCUUCACUAUAAGCAUCAUAUACUUAAAUUUGCCUUAUGCUUGGAAGAUGAAUAAAGGUUAUUGAGUCAAUAACCUCCUGAAUAUGGAUUAGUAGAGAAAAAUAAUUGAGUAUUACAUACAAACCUUUUAUUAUCAAAGAGCAGCUACUUUGGUUAAACUUGCAUUCUAUGCCUGCCUUUUAAGACAUCUUACAUUGUUACACUCUUUUCUAUUAUAUAUUUAAUAAUAGAAGCAUCACAGAUGUAUUUGUCCCAAAAUAUGAUUUAAUAAUAUUGCUGAGUAAAACAGAGAGCAAGGUAACAGUGAAGAAGAAAUAUGAGAAAUAAUUUCUUUACCUUUCUUACAAUAAUAGUUUUAAAUUAGUUAUUUUGCCUUGAAUUAAGUCAGAAAAUAAAUAAAUACUAAUAUAGUUAAGGUAGCAUCAUGUGCCGAUGACACCAAUAUAAGCCAUGUGGAAAAUGUUUUUUUCUCUGAAAGUGAAUGUUAUUUAAAAAUAUCUACAUUUGAAAAUGUUACCUUUUUAGUUCAAAGUGAUAAAGUAAAUUUCCACAGAUACAUAAUUUUAAAAAAUUAUCUCAGUUUCCAAAGCAUUGUUUCUUUUUUGUUUUUCUUGCGACAAAUAAUUAGCCAUCCAGGUGUGCACAGCUUUAUCAACAUGCACUGUGAUACUCAAAUGUUAUUACUGUAUAUUUAUAAACAUAACUGUCUCUUGGUCCUGAAUGUAUUAAUUGUAUGGUUCAUCCAAAAAUAGUACCAAUUAUCCUCCCUCUCAAAUGGAAGCAGAUGUAGACAGACAUGCACACAUGGACACACACACACACACACACACACACACACACACACACACACACACACACACACACACACACACACAGAAAAACAAGUGCAUACCACAGUCACCAACGUAAUUUAUUUUCCCUAUUCUGGUAGAAUAUUUUUUGACAGUUAAGGCAGCAUACUUUGUAGUAUUCCAGAGACAAAAGUAAAUGAGUCUUGGGUGUAUUCAUAGUGAAAUUCCAGGAUACUAGCAAGCUAAAUAGCAUUUCUCAUUUGGCAGUGUUAAAUGCAGUGAUCCUGCCAAAACAGAAAAUCUAAGCAUGUUUUCAAUUACUCCAGAUGUCAUUUCGGCUAAUGACUACAAAAAAUUAAAAGUGAAUUUUAUAUAUUGCAAGGCAACCAAACAUUGACUUUUCCUUAUAAAAUGUAUCUGGAGCACCUGUCCCACUGAAGUGCUGUAGUUAUUUGGAUUUCUCAAAAAUCCAUGUACAUACUGUGGAGUAUAGCUUAUGAAUUUCAUAGAAUUAAUGUUACUAUACUGUAAUGCAGAAAAACAGAAUUUUGUUUUG